AUGUUACAGACGUUUUUUGGUCUUGGACAAACUGCGGAGUUGGAAAUAGUCUUAGAUCGACCGGAUGGAAAAAAGAAACUAGAUGAAAGCAGUAAAAAAGAUCAAAGUUUAAUAUACUAUGACGGAGAAACUGUAUCUGGAAGAGUUAAUGUAAUACUAAAAAAGUCAAGCAGUCGUUUGGAACACCAGGGUAUUAAAGUUGAAUUCAUAGGCCAAAUAGAAAUGUACUAUGAUCGGGGUAACCAUCAUGAGUUUACAUCACUAGUCAAGGAACUGGCCAGGCCUGGAGAAAUGUUGCAGAAUACUUCAUAUAAUUUUGAAUUUUUAAAUGUAGAAAAACCAUAUGAGACAUAUACUGGCUCUAAUGUGAGGCUGAGAUACUUUUUGAGGGUUACCGUCAUACGAAGAAUCUAUGAUAUAGUUAAAGAAAUGGAUAUUAUAGUUCAUACAUUAUCAUCUUAUCCUGAUAUGAAUAAUAGUAUAAAAAUGGAAGUAGGAAUUGAAGAUUGUUUACAUAUUGAGUUUGAAUACAAUAAGUGCAAAUAUCACUUGAAAGAUGUAAUUGUGGGUAAAAUUUACUUUCUACUUGUACGAAUAAAGAUAAAACACAUGGAAAUUGCUAUCAUUAAAAGAGAAACUACUGGAUCUGGUCCCAAUACAUUUAAUGAAAACGAAACUAUAGCCAAGUAUGAAAUAAUGGAUGGAGCACCUGUUAGAGGAGAAAGUAUUCCUAUUAGAGUAUUUCUUGCUGGUUAUGAUCUCACACCUACUAUGAGAGAUGUAAACAAGAGGUUUUCAGUGAGAUACUUUUUAAAUCUUGUUUUAAUGGAUGAAGAAGAUAGACGCUAUUUUAAGCAACAAGAAAUAACAUUAUGGAGGAAAGGAGAAAAACAUUUAAAAGGAAUGCAAAAUCGUAAUGAACCUUCUCAUUUAGUCUCUGGUAAAGACGGACCUAAAGGAAGUGAAGCUCCACGAACUACAACUCAAUCAGUUCAACCAUCUGGUUCACUUGACAAUACUGACUCGGAAAAUGAUCAUAACCAUUCCCCAAUGAAUGAAGGCGAUGAUGAACAAAUACGUUCAUCAAUUGAGGAUAGUACUAGUGAAUAAUAUGAAAUAGUAAUAAUAUUGUUUUAAAUGUCUACAAAAUGCCAUUAAUUUUGAUUCCGAAUUUCUUUAGAAAAAUAAAAGUAACCAGUUAUUUUAAACUUAAAAAUAAUAGUGUAUUAUGCCUAGUCCUAAUUAUUGAAAAAUGUAUUAAUUAUACCUAUGUUAACAGGUUAACCACUUAAAUUUUUUUUUACAUAAUAUAAAAUUGUACUAUACAUUAAUAUAUAAACAAUUUAUCACUUGUUAAAUACUUUAUGUUAUACAAAGCGGCAAAUUUUUAUACUCUGCAAAUGAUAUAGUUGUUAUAUACAGAGUGGGCUACUGUAUUUUCCUGUUUUCCCAUGUUUGCUGUAAGGGAGAACACAGUGGCUAACUCUAUAUAAUACCAAAAAUUAAUAUUUAUCUACAUAAAUAUAUUAAUUUAUAUAUUUUUAUACACAGGUUAUUUAUCUGUUGAUUUCGUAGAAUUUCUAUAGGUACCUUAAUUAUUGUUAUUGUGAUUUAUUGUUUAAAAAUGUAAUUGAUUUAAUUUAUAGUAAACACUUAUAUUUGUUUUAUUUUAAUCAAAUUCAAAUACUACUGAAAAAUAUAUAUUCUUGUAUUUUAUGAAAUGUAUAUAAAAUCAUUGAAUACAUUAUUAUUAUUUAUUAUAAUUAUAAUCUCCCAAUCUUAUUUGGGUUCAUGCAUCAGCGGAUAAUGUAAACAAAUUACCUUAGCCAACUAUUAAAAUAGCCAUGUUUACAAGACGUGUAUUUUUUUAAAAAA